AUGAUGACCGACGCCGCUCGGAAUUUACCCAUAUUCUUUGGUCAUGGAACGGAUGAUGGUGUUGUUCGAUUUGAAUUUGGCAAGGGAAGUUAUGAGAUGCUUCAAGGCAAACCUUUUAAAUUCCGUGAUGCAACGGACGAUGACAUCAAGGGGCUAACGUGGAGAGAAUAUGCUGGAAUGGAUCAUGGAAGUUCACCUAAAGAGAUCAGAGAUCUAGAAGAGUGGUUGUUAAAGGUCAUUCCAGCCAUCCCAGAGGAAGAGGCUUCGUCGUCAUCAUUCUUUGGUAUUAUCCAAUCAAAUCGUUCAGAACAGACAUUAAAUGGAUCUAUUGUUCGAGACCAGCUGAUUGUGGCUAGGUCACAGGUGGUCAAGAUACUUUUACACCUUGCCCCCUUGCCUGGACGCAGGGCUAUACAAUUUUUGUAUCCGGCAGCCUUUUUUGGCCAACGCAAAAUAGAUUUUGCACUUUGUCCACGACCACGUCUGCACAUUCCUCCUCCUUCAAGGAAAACGUUUACCAUGGCCGAAAAAGUUGUUACUUAUGAAGAGUUUGCUGCUCACCAACAAAGGGAUAACCUAUGGAUCUUGCUCCACGGAAAAGUGUACGACGUGUCGAAAUUCCUCGACGAACAUCCUGGUGGAGAGGAAGUUAUUAUGGCUGAAGCUGGUGAGUUUCUCAACACCUCUCCCAUUAUCUUGCCAGCACCAGUCCUAGACCCCGCCCGCGGGAGAAAGGAUGCUACCGAGUCUUUCGAAGACGUUGGCCAUUCAGAUGAGGCCAGGGGAAUGUUGAAAGAUUUAUUGGUUGGAACCUUUGACGGUGGUGAUAAACUCAAAGCGGCACCCAUUCCUUCAGCCAAUGCCGACCAUGCUCCAAAGGCCAACGUGGUCUCGAACAGCGGUCCCAGCCCCGUUGCGUUCAUGAUCCCUCUGGCCUGCUUGGGAGCCUACUUUGCAUGGCGAUUCUAUGGUGCCUAA